AUGUCUAAAAAGCCUGGCAGUGUGAAGACAAAGAGUAGACCCUCGUCACAGGGACCCCUGCAGCUGGCCCUCUCCUCAGGGCCUGGGGACCGUAAUGGUAACUCAGUGGCCUGUCUCGGGUCCUCCUCCCCGGACUCUCUGAGGAGUCUGAGCAGCCUAAGUGAUGGAGACACCUCCAGUCCCCCUGACGUGGACAUGGAGUGUUGCCUGAGGGAGGGCUCCCCGCCCCCGGCCAACCACCCCACAGACCACCCAAGAGAUGUAUCCCUCAAUAGCACAUUCACAACUAACACACCCAUAAACGGUAACCUCGAACUUGGCUCACCUCCAGAGAACAGCUCCUUUGACCUCAUCACAUUUCCAGAGAAUAGCACCUACACUGUCCUCUCACCUGCAGUGACUGUACCUGGUGAGGGGGACGUGAUGGAACCUGUCCAAACAUCUAUCUCCAGCUGUGUGAACACCAGCCUGGACAACUGGAACGGGAAUAUCACUCUGGUGAUCACCAGUCUGCAGGGGGACCAUGGUGACAACCAGAGUGACUGGAGGAGUAGCACAUCGUCUGGUGACAGGAGUGUUGCUGCCUCUCCUGAAUCGGCCCCUCCUGAGGGGGAAGAGAGCUCCAGCUCCGUGUCGCUCCCUGGUUCCAGUGAGAACAACUGCUCCAUCGGCUCAGGAGAGAUGGUGAUGAGGUGGAACAGCUUCUGUCUGCAGGAGGCUGACACUCUCACUGUGUCUCUGUCUCUGGUGGAGCUGUCCACCAGUUCCUCUGCCCACGGCUCCCCUGCCCUGCCUGCUGACCUGGGCCAUGGCCUGCUGUCUGUGUCCACCACCACCCUGCCUGGCGUCUGUGACGGCCUCCUGGAGAACAGACCCACUGACACCCUCAAAGUAAAAGACAACCCAGGCCCUCAGUGCUGGGGCAUGACCUUUAUCCAGUCAGACGACCAGGAUCUCCCUCCUGAGAGGGACGGCCUGGCACCGCCUGGGUCUCCUGUGGAUGCGGAUCCCUGUGAGGCAAAGGGUGUACACCAGGGGACCUUUCUGUGUGAGCCAGCCCCAUCUGCUGCAUGUGGAGGUGCUUCCCCAGCCCUCAGCAGGCGGGCCAGCUCGGAAGCCUAUUUCAGUGGAGGAUCCACCGAGGGCAGGACCUUCAUGCUGCCAGUCUCAGAGGAGCUGGACCCUGACUGCCGUGCCCAGACCUCCACACCAGUGCAGUGUGCUGGGAACAAACCCCUGGACUUCCCCUCCCUAAUGGAGUCCCCGUGCACUGGGGAACAAAGUCACACUGGGAGCCCUGUGGUCCAGACGGCUACAGACCAGCGAGGGGCGGCCGCAAAGCUCGCAUCCCCAAAACACACUUUGGUCGCCAGGCUUCCCCCAUCAUCAGCUAACAGAAUCAGCAAAUCUGAAAUCAAAAGGUUUCCAAAGCCGGAUUUCAGCAGUGUGAGACCCAAGAUCAUGUCGAGACCAGCUCAUCCGUUGGCAUUGGGAAGCCCUGCACCUGCAAAGAAUAAGCCAGGGAAACCAGUCAACCAGCCCUGUAGUAAACCAUCUCAAGUGAACAGGAACACUCCAAUGAGAAACACUCCUAGUAAACUAGCCACAGUGGAAGAUGGCCCCCCUAGGGCUGCUGUGGUCGAGAAUGCAGUGCCUGAUUUCCUGGGAAUUACAUUUAUCCAGGCAGAUGACCAAGACCUCUCUUCGGCUGCUGGGUCUCCCAUUGGUCCACUUCUUCUUAGUUUGACUGAGGAGGCAGAGUGUCGAGCAUCCCUGUCAGCCCCACCAGCACCCAGCAGUCAGGCUAGUAGUCGGGUCAGCUCAGAGGCCGAGCACGUGGCUUCUAACUGUGGAGGAGGACCCGCUCCAGUGCUGCCUGGAAACCAGACCUUCUGUUUCCCAUCUCCCACAGAGUCACCCUCCAAAGAGCAGCGAGCUGACCCUACACCAGACCUGGCCAGUACUGGCAAGGCUGGCAACAAGGAGGAAGUGCCACACAGGACGAGACCUGGCUCCGUCUCCUCAGCCUCCUCACCAUCCAAUCAGGACAAGGCACCAGUGUCAGCACGGCGGUCCCGCUGCUGGUCGGAGAGUUCCUCCACUACAUCUACACCACACAGGGAGUCCAGAGCUUCCCCUAGCAGCUCAGCUAGCUUCAUCAUCCCCAAGGUCUACGUCCACCUGGGACAGAGCCAGGCCAGACCAGCCAGCCACAACCGCACUGCCACUACCCACAACAAACAGCCUGAGACCAAGAAGGAAGCAGAAGAGGGAAGCAGCAAGGUUAAGAAAAUCUGCCUUGUAAGUAAAUGCAAGUGUCUUGUGCCCUAAACGUAACGUAGAAUAAAUGCGUUUUGGCUUGUUUAAUCAAAUCCAAGUAUGAUGAAAUGUGCAUAAAAUAUACUAUUCAUUAGAAUAACUGCAGCAUAUAAUACACUACUUUGUUUAAUUUUCUAACAUUGUAGAUGAAUGGGCUUGUGAAGGUCCAUGUGAUCGUUUUGAAAGUAAUAAUUUUUCAUCAUUAGGCAGAUCUGAGAUAUUAUUAUUAAGUAGACCACAGACGUCCAGUUUUUCCAAGGCCCUCCUUAUGAGGGAUUUCCAUCUAAAAAAGCAGGCUUUUUAGAUGGAAAUGUAGUACUUUUAAAUCGGUUUUAAUUAUCCCUCGGAGAGAAGAGGCAAGACUGCUGCUCAGCUGGAGUCUAGCAAACACAAACCAUGUGAUCUGAGAGUGUUUUUAGAGGAGGGGGAAAACUGAGAGAGAGGUGUCCGGGACUGGCAUUAAUCCCAGGGGGUAAAGUACACUAGCAGCUUGGUUCUGUUGCCUGCAACGUGUUUGUCUUAGUUCCCAGUGAGCUGGGUCUCUCUGUUUAUGGCCCACGGUGAGGAGCGGGAACGCGCUGUCUGGGCCUGUUGAGUGGGACUCUGGGAGUGAUGGGUUGCUCUUGUUGCAGACGGCCUCCUCUAAGACCGCGGCGGGAGCAACGGCAGCAGGAGGAGCUGCGUGUGACAGGAUUAAGAGUAGACUUGGAGUAUGGCCAUCCCUCAACAGAGCCAGAGGAGCCCCUGCCUCAGCCUCCCAGGCUCUCCCUCCAGCAGCCAGGCUGAGGCAGGGAAGAGAUGUCUGCAUUACAUUUUACAUUUUAGUCAUUUAGCAGACGCUCUUAACCAGAGCGACUUACAGGAGCAAUUAGGGUUAAGUGCCUUGCUCAAGGGCACAUUAACGUCAUUUAGCAGACGCUCUUAGCCAGAGCGACUCACAAAUUGGUGCGUUCACCUAUAGCCAGUGGGAUAACCACUUUACAAUUUGGGGGGGGGGGGGGGGGGGGGUUAGAAGGAAUACUUUAUCCUAUCCAGGUAUUCCUUAAAGAGGUGGGGUUUUCAAAUGUCUCCGGAAGGUGGUGAGUGACUCCGCUGUCCUGGCGUCGUGAGGAGCUUGUUUCCACCAUUGGGGUGCCAGAGCAGCGAACAGUUUUGACUGGGCUGAGCGGGAGCUGUGCUUCCGCAGAGGAAGGGGAGCCAGCAGGCCAGAGGUGGAUGAACGCAAUGUCCUCGUUUGGGUGUAGGGACUGAUCAGAGCCUGAAGGUACAGAGGUGCCGUUCCCCUCACUGCUCCAUAGGCAAGCACCAUGGUCUUGUAGCGGAUGCGAGCUUCAACUGGAAGCCAGUGGAGUGUGCGGAGGAGGGGGGGUGACGUGAGAGAACUUGGGAAGGUUGAACACCAGACGGGCUGCGGCAUUCUGGAUGAGUUGUAGGGGUUUAAUGGCACAGGCAGGGAGCCCAGCCAACAGCGAGUUGCAGUAGUCCAGACGGGAGAUGACAAGUGCCUGGACCAGGACCUGCGCCGCUUCCUGUGUAAGGCAGGGUCGCACUCUCCGAAUGUUGUAGAGCAUGAACCUGCAGGAGCGGGUCACCGCCUUGAUGUUGGCGGAGAACGACAGGGUGUUGUCCAGGGUCACGCCUAGGCUCUUCGCACUCUGGGAGGAGGACACAGCGGAGUUGUCAACCGUGAUGGCGAGAUCAUGGAACGGGCAGUCCUUCCCCGGGAGGAAGAGCAGCUCCGUCUUGCCAGGGUUCAGCUUGAGGUGGUGAUCCGUCAUCCAUACUGAUAUGUCUGCCAGACAUGCAGAGAUGCGAUUCGCCACCUGGUUAUCAGAAGGGGGAAAGGAGAAGAUUAGUUGUGUAUCGUCAGCGUAGCAAUGAUAGGAGAGACCAUGUGAGGAUAUGACAGAGCCAAGUGACUUGGUGUAUAGGGAGAAAAGGAGAGGGCCCAGAACCGAUCCCUGGGGGACACCAGUGGUGAGAGCACGUGGUGCGGAGACAGCUUCCCGCCACGCCACUUGGUAGGAGCGACCGGUCAGGUAGGACGCAAUCCAGGAGUGAGCCGCGCCGGAGAUGCCCAUCUCGGAGAGGGUGGAGAGGAGGAUCUGAUGGUUCACAGUAUCAAAGGCAGCAGACAGGUCUAGAAGGACAAGAGCAGAGGAGAGAGAGUUAGCUUUAGCAGUGCGGAGAGUCUCCGUGACACAGAGAAGAGCAGUCUCAGUUGAAUGACCAGUCCUGAAACCUGAUUGGUUUGGAUCAAGAAGGUCAUUCUGAGAGAGAUAGCAAGAGAGUUGGCUAAAGACGGCACGCUCAAUAGUUUUGGAAAGAAAAGAAAGAAGGGAUACUGGUCUGUAGUUGUUGACAUCAGUGGGGUCGAGUGUUGGUUUUUUGAGGAGGGGAGCAACUCUCGCUCUCUUGAAGACGGAAGGGACAUGGCCAGCGGUCAAGGAUGAGUUGAUCAGCGAGGUGAGGUAGGGGAGAAGGUCACCGGAGAUGGUCUGGAGAAGGGAGGAGGGGAUGGGGUCAAGCGGGGUCAAUGGGGUCUGCAGCAGUGCCUCUGGAGGUAUGUGUUCACCACGGGCCAAACAGAGCACCACAGCAGGUACGAGCGUUCCCCAACAGACAUCGUUAAAUUCAAGUUAGAAUACAAUGUGUAAAACGUUUGCUGCUCUGUGAGAGUUCUAUAAGACUAGAUUCACACCGAGCUUUUGCAUUAGUGCUUUGCUCUCUCUCACAUAGGGUAAAAGUGACAUCUCAUCCAGAGGAUAGUGUAAACAUUGGCUGCGGUACAGAGUUAAUACCUUUUUCUAAUCCAGACUGCCUGCCUUUGAAUAAGCACCGGCCUAAUGAUUUCCUAGGCAUUUCCUCUGUAAUGUAAACAGUGAGCUAUCCUGUUAUCGUUUAGUCAGGUCUGUAUGUCUAGCAGUGUGUAUAAGCACCAGAGGACUGACCAGCUGAAUAGUGUUUUGGGUUUGUGUGGUGGUUUAUGUAACUGAUGCUGUACCCUAGAAGUCUAAUAUUCUGCAGCUGCACAGUGUUUCUGUUGUAAAACUGCUUAAAUGUAUGGACUCCGCUCGUACAGAUGAUUCCAUUAUGUGUUUUAAGUGAUCAGUUUCACUAGUGAUACAUCUGAUUUAAAGAUGUCAUCCUAGUAGUCCUCACAGCAUGUACUCAUCGGUCUCAUUGCCCAACACGUUCACCCUCGCAUCGCUAUCUGUCCUUUAGUUUAGGAGGGAAAGAGAUUCUAAAAACUCUCAUUCUCCUAUGAUACAAUGGCUGACUUUACUGUAACUGUAAAGGGCCUUGUUCAAUCUGGAUUCAACAGGCUCCUCUAAAUGGUCAUGCUUCAGUGGUAGUCAGCCAGGUUGCAGUACACAAUCUCACCAUGAGAGGGCAACCUUUCCUUUUGCUGAUGACCUAAGCUUGUUCCGUGACCCCACAGGAAUAGCAUGGAUACAGAUGUCACCUAGCUUCCCUGCUCAGCUCAGGACCCAGAGAUAAACACCCCACCCCCAUCACUCUACCGCUCCUAUGAGCAGCGUGAAGGGAGAGGGUGGAGACAGUACCAGGGAAGGAGGAGAGAGGGGGGGAUUCUUCCUCUGAUGGGAAGCCAGCUGUGCUAAUAGAACAAGCAGAGGAAGGAAAGGGAGGUUUUUAAAGCUCAGCGCUGCUGUGAAAGCCACAGAACACAAUGUCUGUGAAACCGACUCCCUUAAAGGAUCCUAGUAUGACUGUAGCAGUGUUCCCAGGCUCUACUCUGUAUGUGGCAAAGGGCCACCUGGUACUGUUUAUGGCUAUGGGCCACCUGGUACUGUUUAUGGCUAUGGGCCACCUGGUACUGUUUAUGGCUAUGGGCCACCUGGUACUGUUUAUGGCUAUGGGCCACCUGGUACUGUUUAUUACAUUUUACUUGAAUCCUGAAACUGUUUUAUAAUGAGUGGGAUGGAGUCUCCCCGUAAAGUUUGCAAGGUCUUCAAACUGGGUGAGUUUUUAGUAGGGGUUUCCUGAUAUGAAGAUGAUAUCAUGUAGCAAACUUGGUGCAGAAAAAUUAGUAACCAUGAGGAAAUGAUAGGUGCCACACAAUUUGGCACUCAGCUUUGUGCUCUUAUUUGACACCAGUCAUUCAUGUAACCUGCUUAUGUAACUCCAUCAGAGGGGUAUUGGGUGGCGUAACAGGCCUGAUGUGGAGCAAGGCCAAGCCUGUCUGUCUGCUAUCCAACCUGCUUAGGGCAAUUAUUAUAUUUCUACCAGUGCUCUGAUCUGGCAUGAACAAAAGCACCAGUCAGUUCACCCUUUGCCUUGACCAUGGCUCAUAACAGCUGAUCUCUGACCAGUUACCAGAUGGACUACUGAACACAAGGACUGGGGCACUUUGAGUACAGUUGAAAUGUUGUCUGUGUAUUGUGGUGCAGCCUUAUGAAAACAUGUAGGAGCAGAAUAUACUGUUACACCCUGCAGGCUUUCUUUCUUUACACUUCUGCCUCUGAUUUCUGCGUCUCAAUGCUGAUCUCUCUAUCAAUGUUUUGUCACAUAGGUCAUCAGAGGUCCCAGACAGAGGUUGGAACCUCCUCAGCCAACGGCAGCACUAAGCCCCCAGUCACUGGUUCCAGACCCCACCAGCCCUCUACUGCUGUCUCCUCCUCCAGACUGCCCUACAAGUCCCAGGGUGUCCCCAAGAGCAUCCCUUCCAAGUCCCAGGGUGUCCCCAAGAGCAUCCAUUCCAAGUCCCAGGGUGUCCCCAAGAGCAUCCCUUCCAAGGCCAGUGUCCACAAUGAGCACAGUGGCAGCACAGGUAACGUACAAGGUGAGAAGCUCAACUAG